UUUCACCCUCAAGAUUCCUCACCCCCUCCCUCUCUUUCUUCUUGUUCUCCAAGACAAAACUCAUCAAAAUAGCCAACAAAUUGAAAAAACAAUUAGGGUUCUUCCCAUUUCUAAUUUUCUCUCUGCAAAUCUCCCGGCACGUUUUUCUUCAGUCUCCAGCUCCCUUACCCAACCGUUUUUUUAUAGAUGGCGAAAUCUUCGACUGGUAACAAAAAUGGUAUCAGAAUCGUGGUUGCCGGAGACAAAGCUACCGGAAAAUCUAGCUUAAUAAUAACAGCUGUUUCCGAUAAUUUUCCGACCAAUGUUCCACCGGUAAUGCCGCCGUCUCGCCUCCCUGACGAUAUGUACCCUGAUCGUGUUCCUAUCACCAUUAUCGAUACUUCUUCAAGUGUUGAGCAGAGGAAUAAAGUUGGGGAAGAGAUGAGGCGUGCUGAUGCUGUUGUGCUUACUUAUGCGUGUGAUCGUCCCGAGACUCUAGAUCGUUUGAGCACAUAUUGGCUUCCUGAGCUUCGUCGAUUGGAGGUGAAAGUCCCUGUUAUUGUUGUUGGCUGUAAGUUGGAUUUGAGGGAUGAGCAACAGCAAGUCAGUCUGGAGCAGGUGAUGUCUCCAAUUAUGCAGCAAUUUCGUGAGAUUGAAACUUGCAUAGAAUGCUCUGCAUCCAGACAAAUACAGAUCCCAGAGGUUUUUUACUAUGCCCAAAAAGCUGUUCUUCACCCUACAGCACCAUUAUUUGAUCAGGAGACUCAAACAUUGCGGCCUCAAUGUGUCAGGGCGCUGAAACGCAUAUUUAUUUUGUGUGACCAUGACAAGGAUGGUGCACUAAGUGAUGCAGAGUUGAAUGACUUCCAGGUCAAGUGCUUCAAUGCUCCUCUCCAACCUUCUGAAAUAAUAGGCGUCAAGAGGGUUGUAGAAGAAAAGUUGUCUGAAGGAGUCAAUGAGCGUGGUCUCACAUUGAGAGGAUUUCUGUUCCUUCAUGCACUUUUCAUAGAGAAAGGGAGGCUGGAGACAACAUGGACUGUCCUGCGGAAGUUUGGAUAUAAUAAUGAAAUUAGGCUCGAUGAUGAUUUUCUUCCACCUUCAUUCAAACGAGCGCCAGACCAGAGUGUGGAGAUGACAAACGAUGCUGUAGAAGCCUUGAAAGGAAUCUUCACUAUGUAUGACACUGAUAAUGAUGGUGCUAUUCGCCCUCCAGAUGUGGAUGAUCUGUUUUCUACAGCACCAGAUUGUCCUUGGAGUGAAGGUCCAUACAAGGAUGCUGCACCUACAACUGCAUUGGGAGGUUUAACAAUGGAUGGAUUUCUGUCGGAGUGGGCUCUUAUGACUCUUCUGGAACCAGCUAAGAGUGUGGAGUACUUGAAGUACAUUAUGUAUGGUGGAGAUGCUGCUUCUGCCAUUCGUCUAACUAGGAGGCGGCGUAUAGAUCGCAAGAAGCGGCAAUCUGAAAGAAAUGUUUACCAAUGCUAUGUCUUUGGACCAAGGAACGCUGGCAAAUCGGCAUUGUUGGAUGCUUUUCUGGGAAGGCCAUUCUCUGAGAGUAAUGGCGCAAACACUGAGGAGCGUUAUGCUGUAAAUGUUGUUGAAGGGUCCUCGGGAAGCAAGAAGUUCCUUGUUUUGAGAGAGAUACCUGAAGAUAAAGUUAAGAAAAUACUUUCUUCCAAAGAUUCUCUAGCUGCUUGCGACAUAGCAAUUUUUGUAUAUGACAGUUCCGAUGAAUUGUCAUGGAAAAAGACAGCUGAAUUGCUGGUAGAGGUUGCUGGCCAUGCAGAAGAUAUUGGUUAUGAGGUGCCUUCCCUUAUUGUGGCCGCUAAAGAUGAUCUGGAUGCAUAUCCUAUGGCUAUCCAAGAUUCUACUCGGGUUAGCCAAGAUAUGGGUGUUGAAGCCCCAGUGCCUAUCAGUGCCAAAUUGGAGGACUUCAAUAACAUAUUCUGUAGAAUUGUAAGUUCAGCUGAGCGUCCUCAUUUGAGCAUUCCUGAGACUGAAGCUGGAAGAAGCCGAAAGCAAUACCACCGUCUUGUAAAAAACUCUGCUCUUUCUGUUGGAGUUCUUGGAGUUGGAGUAGCUGUUGUUUUCGCCGGAUUGGCGGUUUAUCGUACUUAUGCAGCAAGGAGAAACAGCUCCAACUGAGAAAAUUAUAGAGAAGUCCAUGUGGGAGUUGUUUUUCCUCCUCGCUACCCUCUUGGGGCCUAGAAAUGGGUUACUCAACGCCAGACAUUUAUAGACCCACACCCAUUGUUCUGUUGUAGCUCAUCAAAUCUUUGAUAAGGGUUCAGGAUUUGAAUCUUGGAUGCAAGGGUUUUCUGGUAGUGUAUAGUGAUUUAAAUUUAGUGUUUUUGUGCACAAUAUGUGCAAUAAAUUAAAAUUAUUAGUAAGAUACUUGAAAAAUUGUUUGCACUGUCCAGUAGCAGUGUGUUGUAUUGUCGUAGCAAUAUAGAUUUGUAUUCAUCGGACGCAAUCUUCACUCAAAAUAACAUUUAACUUUAAGGGUCUCCUUCAA